AUGCGGCUCUCACGCGUGGUGCCCGUUCUGCCCCUGGCCUCUGCUUUCGUUAUCACUGAACCCAAUGUAUUUGCAAACAUUGAGAAGUCGGGAAGGCAGCUUGCCGACCAUUCUCAGAAGGUUCUGGACAACGCCCAGGGCGUCCUUGACAGUGCAUUCAGCAAGGUCAAAGACACUGCAAAGGAUGCAUACAACAAAGUCCACAAUGCUGGCUUCGACGCCGAGGCGUGGUUAGAGAGCGCCCAGUUCGACGGCUUUGAGCAUCAUCAUCGCCCUCACCACGGCCCGCCCCAUGGCCCACACCAUGGCCCACCCCAUGAUGGCCCACCCCACCAUGGUGGCCCUCCUCACCAUGGCGGUCCUCCUCACCACGGCGGUCCUCCAAACCGAACAGUCUACGAGCUCAUCAACGAGAGCAAGUACACAACAAAGCUGGCCAAGCUGAUCAACGAGUACGAUGACAUUGUUGAACUGCUCAAUGGCACUGCGGCCAACUAUACCAUCUUUGCACCAACAGAUGAGGCCUUUGAGAAGAUUCCCAAGCAUCACCCUCAGCCCUCGAAGGAAUUCCUCAAGGACCUCCUCCUAUACCAUGUCGUUGACGACUUCUACCCUGCUGGUCGUGUUCUACAUAGCUACACCAUCCCUACGCUGUACACAACCAGCAAGAACCUCGGACAUGCUCAGCGUCUGACUGUCAAAGUCUCACUCAAGGGCCCUACCAUCAACUUCUACAGCCGCAUUGUAGCCGUCAACAUCUUUGGCACCAACGGCGUUGUGCACGGUGUCAGCAGCAUCCUCGUGCCUCCUCCCAACGUCGCCACCAUCAUCAGCCUGCUCCCCGGCGAAUUCAGCACGCUCAACCUUGCUCUCGAAAAGACUGGCAUCUUUGACCUGAUGAACAGUACCGAGUAUGACCACAAUGGCGGUACUUUCUUUGCACCCAGCAACUCUGCUUUCACCAGGCUUGGCCAUCGUGCUAACGCCUUCCUCUUCUCCAAGUACGGUGAGAAGUACCUCAAGGCUCUUCUCGAGUACCACAUUGUUGUCGACCAGACCCUUUACUCUGACGCCUUUUUCGAUGAGUGUGACGACGAGGAUGGCGAUGCCCACCCAUCUCGCUACCACUACGACCUUGCUACCCUGUUGAAAGACAAGUACCUCUCAGUCGAUGUUGGAAGCUGGGGACCUUUUGUCGAAAUCCGAAUCAAUGGUUUCGCGCACGUCACUGUAAGCGACGGUGUUGCCAGCGAUGGUGUCAUCCACGGCGUUUCUAGCGUCUUGAUCCCACCCAAGACCGCCAAUGGCGAGCAAAUCUUCUGGCAGGGUGAGGAGAUUGAUGUUGAUGAUCUCAAGGAACGUCUUCAGCCUUUUGUCGACAACAUGGAGCUGUAA